AGAGGGCACCAUGGAGGUGAAUGCGGGAGGUGUGAUUGCCUAUAUCAGCUCUUCCAGCUCAGCCUCUAGCCCUGCCUCUUGCCACAGUGAGGGUUCUGAAAACAGUUUUCAGUCCUCCUCCUCUUCUGCUCCAUCUUCUCCAAAUAGCUCUAAUUCUGAUGUCAAUGGUAAUCACAAGAAUGGUGAUCUCUCCAAUAUAGAAGGCAUCCUGAAGAAUGAUCGAGUAGAUUGUUCUAUGAAGACAAGCAAGUCAAGUGCUCCUGGGAUGAUAAAGAGUCAUAGUGGUGUGACAAAAUUCAGUGGCAUGGUCCUACUGUGUAAAGUCUGUGGGGAUGUGGCGUCAGGAUUCCACUGUGGAGUUAAUGCUUGUGAAGGCUGUAAGGGUUUCUUUCGGAGAAGUACUCAGCAAAACAUCCAGUACAAGAAGUGCCUGAAGAACGAAAACUGUUCCAUAAUGAGGAUGAAUCGGAACAGGUGUCAGGAGUGUCGAUUCAAAAAGUGUCUGUCUGUGGGGAUGUCAAGAGAUGCUGUUCGAUUUGGUCGUAUUCCUAAGCGUGAGAAACAGAGGAUGCUAAUUGAAAUGCAAAGUGCAAUGAAGACCAUGAUGAACAGCCAGUUUAGUAGUCACUUGCAGAAUGAUACAUUAAUUGAACAUCAUGAACAGACAGCCUUACCUGCCCAAGAACAGCUUCGACCCAAGCCCCAGCUGGAGCAAGAAAACAUCAAAAGCUCGCCUUCUUCCUCUUCUGCUUUUGCAAAGGAAGAAGUGAUUGGCAUGGUGACCAGAGCGCACAAGGAUACUUUUAUGUAUAAUCAAGAGCAGCGAGAAAACUCAGCUGAGAGCAUGCAGCUCCAGAGGGGAGAACGGAUUCCCAAGAACAUGGAGCAAUAUAAUUUAAAUCAUGACCAUUGUGGUAAUGGGGUGAACAGCUAUUUUCCUUGUGAAAGCCAGCAACAUCUCAGUGUCAAUGGACAGUACAAAGGGAGGAACAUAAUGCAUUACCCCAAUGGGCAUGCCAUUUGUAUGGCAAAUGGACAUUGUAUGAACUUCUCCAGUGCUUAUACUCAAAGAGUAUGUGAUAGAAUUCCAAUAGAUGGAUUUUCUCAGAAUGAGAACAAGAAUAGUUACGUGGGCAACACUGGAGGGAGGAUGCAUCUGGUUUGUCCAAUGAGUAAGUCUCCAUAUGUGGAUCCACAUAAAUCGGGGCAUGAAAUCUGGGAAGAAUUUUCGAUGAGUUUCACACCAGCAGUGAAAGAAGUGGUGGAAUUUGCAAAGCAUAUUCCUGGGUUCAGGGAUCUCUCUCAGCACGACCAGGUCAACCUUUUAAAGGCUGGAACUUUUGAGGUUUUGAUGGUACGGUUUGCAUUAUUGUUUGAUGCGAAGGAGCGUACGGUCACCUUUUUAAGUGGAAAGAAGUAUAGUGUGGAUAACUUACACUCAACGGGAGCAGGGGAUCUGCUAAACUCUAUGUUUGAAUUUAGUGAGAAGCUAAAUGCCCUCCAGCUGAGUGAUGAAGAGAUGAGUUUGUUUACAGCAGUUGUCCUGUUAUCUGCAGACUGAUCUGGGAUAGAAAAUGUCAACUCUGUGGAGGCUUUGCAGGAAACCCUCAUCCAUGCACUAAGGACCUUAAUAAUGAAAAACCAUCCAAACGAGGCCUCUGUUUUUACAAAACUACUUCUAAAAUUGCCAGAUCUUCGAUCUUUAAAUAAUAUGCACUCUGAGGAGCUCUUGCCCUUUAAAGUUCACCCUUAAGGCCUUUGUUUAUUUGAACAUGAACUGAUACUAACUGUAUAUUUUGUGCAUUUAGCUUAUUUAUAUGUGUGUAUCAUACAUGGAGAAAGAAAAGACCUUUAAGACAAUACAAGAUUGUAGGCUAUCUCUGUAAUCAAGCAAUAGCUGUUUGGAUUGAGAACUCUACAGCUGUGAUUAGAUAUCGACUGCAUCUUCCCAAUAGACCAAUCAGCUGUGUCAUACUUAAACUGGAGAAGUUACACUGAAUUAUAAUCACACUGAAUGUUAGACUUUUUCAUCUGCCAAAACCAAAAACACAAUCCCAAAUAUAAGACUUUGAAAUUAAUCCUUUGUGGUAGAAGUACUUUUGAAUGUUGGAAGUUUUGGUGUCACCAAAAGACUGGUAAUUGGAGAUUUGGGGAGCUAGGAGUUCUCCUUGUUUGUAUUUUACUCUGCCACUGUUAAACUUAAUGAUCCUGGGCAAUUUACUUGGUUGUGGAAAAUGAGAAUUUAUGGUGUCCCUAAUGCCCUGCCUCAUGGAGAUGCUAAAAAUGUCUAUAAAAGCAUAUUUACCUCUUGGGAGAUAGGCACUAUGUAAAUAAGGUAAAAAAA